GAGUAGUGGUGCAGUAGUAGUGCCACUUCUGCAGCAAAGCACGCGCCGCCUCCGAUUAACAACCAAACACACGAGAUUUUACACAUACACAGACAAUUUGCACACGUAUAACACUCUGAUAAAUACGCCGCUUACGUUUGUAAUUAAACUUAUAAGUUGAGUACCGACAACUCGUGGCACAUUUACCGGGACACUAUGAGACGAUCCGCUGCCGUUUUCGUUGUCUCCACGUCUAGUAUCGGAUUUGUCGGUUUCCCUUUGUAAAGUCUCUCGCGCCGUGAAAACCAAACAGACCUAUCUAGCCGUUUCUAUCAUUGUAAUAUAUAUAUAAUACCGUUAUCGAUUGGCCGCGUUGCAAGCGACAGCUUUAUAGAGAGUUGUUGGCGGCAUAAUGAUAAGAGUUCGAAAAAAGUACGGUCGAGCCGCCGAGUGCGGCUAAUCGAUGCGCCUAAGUGGCAUUUACUUGUUCAUCUACGGUGAAGACGUCUACCAAACUAUCAAAUUCAACAGCGUUCACAAGGAGAUCAAUCAUAAUAGUAAUAACUUUUAUCACCACCUCACCGGCGGCGGCGGCAAUAUUUUUCGUUGGUCGUUGUACGUCGUCGCGACCGACACUGCAAGUACAACCACGGCCACCGACUGUGGCUGCGGUGGUUACUUGCCGGCGAUCUGUCGUGUGGCCGCCGUGAUCACGUCGCUGUCACUCAUGCGCUCCCGUGUGGCCGCGUUAACCGAAGUUAACGCAACCGUCGGCCUCGUCCAACACACUGUGGCCGCCGGACAUGGAGUUGUCCGCGAAGACGUGGUCGCGGCCGUUGUCGUCGCAGUAGCUAACGCGACCAACUCGCUACGUCCACUGUCGUCUCCUCCACCGCCUCGUCACCGUCACCAACAGACUCCGUUACCUGUCAUCAACCAAACAACUGCUGCUACCGGCAACAACCGGGUCGACAAUCAAGCACAGUCUCUUGGAACGGUGAUGGUACUUAUGGUGGUGACGGUGGCCGUACUGGGUACUGUCGGGCUGCUCACCUGCGUGCUGCAUCAUUACAAUCAACAAUACAAUCCUGCCGUACAUUGUCUGUCGUCCGGGCCGCACCAGAGGCUUUCGACGCCACUGCCGCCGCCGCCGCCGUCUCCGCAGCUGACGUCAACGACGGCGUCCACGUCGUCGACGCCACCGACUUUCGGCACAACUUCCUCGCAAGCCAUGUUGACAAUGCGAAGCAACAACGGAUUGACCCGUGAACACAACCGGCAAGUCCGGUUGCACUCUGUCCGGACCGACUUGGAGUUGGACUUACCACCUCAGAUCCAUUUACCGGAUGGAGAAGAGUACCCAUACGGAAGUAUGGCCAAGAUACAUCUCCGAAACUCCGAACAGGAACGGGAGAUCUACCAAAAAUGCAUUAGAGGACCUCCUAAUAGGACGAUAUGGCCAUCGGCUCCCGAGUGCGGCAGCAAGUUAUCUCAUCCCCAUCGGUCCAGUUCGGCAACUGGUCUGACGUCUUUGUCAGGUUCUUCCUCCGAAAUAGAUUCGGUAUUACGAUGUAACAGCACGAAUUCCAGGUGUUUAUCGAAAACGACUUCGGGAUUUCCUCCGGUUGUGGACGAUAUCCAAAGCCUAUCCAGUCUGACCAUGGUGCCGUGUCUGAGCCACGUAGAUAAACAGACACUGAGCCAAUAGUAGACGACUGUUUUUUUACUUGGUCUAUGUCGCGUGUAAAGAACUGAAUAAAUAAAGAAUUGCUCUUGAUGAAAACGACGAGUGAUCUUCUCCUCGAUGCCAAUCAAUCUCCGGAGGUGGUGCUGUACGAUAUUAUUACCAGAACACUUAAUAACAAGCAAUGUCAUCGUGCACAUUUCGUUUGCCCGUUUGUAAAACUACCUAAAAAACUAUCAAACGUACGUUUGCGCGUACGCUUUUUGUUGAGCUUAUCAACAGUUUAUAUGUAAAUUUCUCCACGUGCUGGCGGGCGCGAUCAUCGGCAUAAAACUCACGCGCGCGAAUGAUAUCAUUUAUCUAAUAAUUAUAUUAUAAAAUAUGUUUACUUUGGUCAUACACGUAUUUAUGUGAUAAAAACCAUAUUAUUUAUUAUAAUGCAAUAUAGACACAUUAUUUGUCACUUGUAAUAACUGAAUUUUCAUAUUAUAUUGUAAUAAUAUUAUAUUAUACAUAAUAUAGUGAUAUAGCUAAUUCAAUUUAAUAUUGUUUCUCUUUUAUUUUUAUUGUAAUUGUUCGCAUACGAUUAGGAUUAUAUAAUUACAUUUUGUUUUUUCUAUUCAUGUUUAUAAUGAUAAUAAUAAUAAUAAUAAUAAUAAUGAUAUUAGUGAUAGUAAGUAAAAUAUUUUGUUAUGGUGUACGUCAUUGCGGUGUCGAUCACCGCACGAUGACAACGCAAAGAUAAGGCUGUGGCUUUUUUCGGUCGUUUUUAAUAUUAAUUUUGGAUAAAUAUUUAUAUUGACACUACAGCAGAUUUUCUUACAUAUCCAUUGCAGCGUAAAAAACAACAACUUAGCAGUAUAAUGUUAUAUUAAUUAAUUUUAUGACGACAAAUAUUUGUUCCAUUUCAACUUAAUGUUGUCAUCGUAUGCGAUGUAAGGGUUUUACUGUAGUGUUGUGUAUAAAUGAUUAAUUAUUGACUUUGUUUGGACAAUGACCGAAUAUUGCUGACUUAUAAUUUUUACUAUUGCAAAUUAUGUUUAUAUUUAUUAUUAUAAUAUUCUAAAUGAAAUAGUUUCUAGUCAUUCGUUAAUAUUCUAUUUAGCAAAUUGUUUUGUUUUAUCUGUUCACCGAAUAUCCACGUGAAACAGAUUUUUACUACGACUUGCGAUCAAUAAACACUCGUACAUCGUCAUUCAUGUUAUUAUUGCAUUAUUAGUAGGGUUAAGGUAACUUUUUUCAUCGGUUGUUCUAGAGUUUCCAUCAUAUGUUUUGUUAUACACAUUAUAUGUUAAUAAAAUAUUAAAUUAAAAAUACUUAUAAUGGAAUAAGAAAUUUUAAUGUUUGCGUUCUACUUAGUAGUUUGACCUAAACGCUGCACAUGAAUAUUAUCGGUCAGGGUAUAAAGUUAAGUAGGCAAAUGAGAGGGUAAAAAGGAAGUGUUAUGAAUAGAAUAAUUUGUUGAUAGAAGACAAAACAACCAACGUUUUUUCAAACUUAAUAAUAAUAUUUAAAAAAGUAGAUAAUAUACCAUGUAACUAGUUAAUAGAAGGAAACAGUUUUUUUAUAAUUCGUUAGUUAAACAAAAUCAAUAGUAAUAACAAAAUAUAUAAUACAAAUAUUAUAUGUAUUUUUUUUUACAUCGCGAUAACUUAUUAAUAAUAAAUUUUGUCCCGUUUAAUUUUGUAAAAAAUAAGUCUCUCUUUGGUUUUUCUUUUGUACAACAAAAUGUGUAAACCUUAUAUAUCUUUAGUCAUAUUAAUAAUAAUUUAAAUCUACAUUUUAUUAUCAUUAUUACCAAAAAAAACUUUUUAGAAUUUUUUGUAUGUAAUUAAUUAAUUUGUUAUGCUUAAAUGUACAACAAAGCAUUUUUACUUCAUUAAGUGUAAAUACAUUAAAAAAAAACUAUUCAUUAUGUAUAUUAUAAUUUAUGUACGUGUAUAAAAAUCGAUGGCAAGUAUGCAGUGAUAUGUGGGUAGGGACCCAAAUUUUAUUUUAUGUAAUUAUAAUUAUAAUUAUUGUUAUCUUGAAGCGAAUUUCUCGCUGAAAAUCUAAAAAAAUAAACAAUAAUAAAAAGAAAACAAUAUAAAAACAUUUUAUUAGCUAAUUAAAAAUAUAUUUCUGUAUUGUCAAA